GCCCCGCGGAGCGCCGCCCCUCGCAACGGCAGUGGUGCUGCCCGUGGUGCUGCCCGGUAUUGCCCGGCAGCCUCCGCCGCCGUAGUUAGGGCCGCGUUGUUUGUCUCUCUUCCCCCCCCCACGCGCUUUGUUGAAGUGGUAGAGGCCGCUAUCGCUCCGAGUUUUGCCAGCCGUCGCCCUCGCCCCGCUCUCUCGCCUCCGCCGUCCCGCCUUCCCUGGGGGGGCCGGUGGGGUUGGUGUGUAUGAGUGAUUUAUAACCGCGACCCCGCGAUGUCCACGCCCGCCCGGAGGCGCCUCAUGCGGGACUUCAAGAGGCUUCAGGAGGACCCCCCGGCGGGAGUCAGCGGGGCUCCCUCGGAGAACAACAUCAUGGUGUGGAACGCGGUCAUUUUCGGGCCUGAGGGAACCCCAUUUGAAGAUGGAACUUUCAAGCUUACCAUAGAAUUCACAGAAGAAUAUCCAAACAAGCCACCUACUGUUAGAUUUGUGUCUAAAAUGUUUCAUCCAAAUGUCUAUGCAGAUGGUAGUAUAUGUCUGGAUAUUCUUCAGAACCGUUGGAGUCCUACCUAUGAUGUGUCAUCCAUCUUAACAUCCAUACAGUCUUUACUGGAUGAGCCUAAUCCAAACAGUCCAGCAAACAGCCAGGCAGCUCAACUAUACCAAGAGAAUAAGCGGGAAUAUGAAAAACGGGUUUCUGCAAUAGUAGAACAAAGUUGGCGUGACUGUUGACCCUGGAUGAUGCAAAUGAACACUCUGAUGAGGAAAAUAUAUGUAUGAAGUGUCUGAGUCAUCCUCCUCCUCCUCCUCCUCCUAGCAUCACUGCAUUUACUUUGAAAAGCAAAAUAGCUGUUGUGCUGUUGCCACCCACCCUUGCUGAAGCUUCUUUCUCCUUGGACAUAAGAAAACACCCCCUCCCCUCCCUCUUGAGGUCAAAUGUACCGUACUUGGGUUACUUGUGAAAGAAUUACUUAAGGAUGAAUUCCACUGUCUGUGAUCUACCAUCUCCAGUCUUAGGGCAGCAUUGUGCAUUUCUGUAGUGGACACUAAGCUUUUAAGUGUAAUUGUGUUAUACACGGUGAUGCUUACGUGUAGCUUGAUUUUAAAAAGGGGAUAUUUAUAUACAGUAUACAUUUUUAAGUAUGAUUCAAGUACUAGCAUUUUAACUGCUGGUAUCAACUUCAGUGCAUCUGUAAGUACUGUGUGAAGAACUAGAUUUCCCUGCUGCUCUAUCUUCCCCCCUAGUUCCCCCCCCCCGGUUUAGAAAUGUGAUGAAAGCAUUUGGAAUUGAGAAAUGAACUAUUAUGUCAAGCUCGGGGGCGGAGGGACAGAAGGGGGUUGCAGUCUGCUCUAUGGGUCAUGUACAAAGCGAUCUAUCAUUGUGUGUGGUAACAUAUUCAAGGUUAAGUGCUAGGUAUCCUUUUCUGUAGGACUCUGCCUAGUUGUUUUUGAAGCUUUUGAACAUGGUUAUGGGACAGGGGCGGACAAUAACUUUACUAAUGGUAAAAGAGGACAGAGAAUGCGGAACAACCAAAGUGCUUCAAAAAGAACUUUAUUUCCCUUAAAUAAUUUUAAUCCAAACAGCUCUUGAGAAGAUAUCAAGAAGCUACUGUUAUGUUAUUGAAAAAAGUAGCAAGGCCAAAAGUGCUGCUACUGUAUGCUUCAUUUUUUUCCUCCCCCACCCCCACCCCUGUGCGGUUUUACAAGUUCUGCCUUUGCAAAAGCAUUUUUGUAAAGCAAAGCUCAGAUCAAACAUUUUGGAUACCUUAGGCAGCAGUGUGGGAGGAUAUUGUCGGUGUGCUUGUCUGCUCUUCCAGUGUCUUCUGUGUACAUUGAUCUGUUCAACUUUGCACAAGUAACCCAUGUAAGAAACUGUACAUUUUUCAAUUACUUGUAAAUAAAUUCUUAAAGGGAAGAUA